AUGGACGAGGAAACUUCUACCUUGAUAGAGUUGGUACGGAAAUUUGAAUUUUUGUAUGAUAAGAGUCAUAUCAAAUUCAAAAAUCAUCUUGCCAAAGAGAACGCCUGGAGCACCAUUGCGAAAAUCAUGAAGGAUACAGUCGAAAAUACCAAACAGAGAUGGAAUUCUCUAAGAAAUAGAUAUGCAGCCGAAAAAAGGAAAUUGAAAAUUACCCCUUCUGGAUCAUCUGGAUCGAAAGUAACCUGGAGAUUCUAUGAAGCUCUAUCAUUCUUAGAAGAUCACGUCAGAGAAAGAAGGACUCAUGGUAAUAUACCAAAGAAUGGUUCAGAAAAUUCGCAUAGUGGGACUAGCAAUGAAAAUCUUUGGGAGACCAUCAUAAUUGCUCCUGAAGAAGGGAAUUCAGAAGAGAGCAGUCCUUAUGAGGAUGCGCAGAGCAGACCUUGCGAGGAUGAACAGAGCAGACCUUGCGAGGAUGAACAGAGCAGACUUGAUGAGGACGUGCUCUCAUCACAGGAGAGUUCUGAACAAAUAAUGGCAGAUUCUGCUGAUGAAGAAUCUGCUGAACCUCCAACAGUAACUACUCCUGUCGCCAACAUUACUAUACGAAAAAGAAAUCGCCAAGCAGCAGCAACAGCAGCACCUGCAGCUGCAAUGACGCCAGGAAGAGAGGCAAGAAAAAAGAAGAAGACAGAUCCACGUCAAGUACUUGCACAAAGUAUAGAUAAUGCCUUUACCAAUUUAAAAAACAUUUUUGAGGGAGACAGUGACGAGGAAAAUAAUGAGGAUUUAUUAUUUGUAAAAUCAUUAGGGCUCUCACUACAAAAUAUUAAAUCUAGGAAAGUCAAAGCUCGUGCAAAAAUUGAACUAUUGGAGGUGAUGGAAAAAUAUACAGAGGACGAUUAG